CCAUUUUCGGCGCCUGCGUGUUGGCCAGAGACAGAGGCAGAGGGAGAGAGAGAGGCGGAACCGGGUAUGAGCGGCAGCCCCGGAAGUCCCGACACAAACAACGCUGGGAGGGAGAGGCCUAGAUUCUUUGACCAGAAGGUGAAGAACCAAUGUUGGGACAAGGCGGACGUGGUGCCCGGGCGCCACCCAGAGCGGUGGCGCAAGGACGCCGCCGGUAACAUUGUCUGCAAACGAUUCUGGAACUGCCUAGGCUGCCUCUGCUACGAGUAUGACCACAUCAUCCCUUACUCCAAAGGUGGAGAGUCGACGAUAGAGAAUUGCCAGAUUCUCCAGUCGAGGGUCAAUAGACUCAAAUCAAACAAGGAUGGAAUGGGGAAGACGGAACUGGAACAGUACUCAUGUGACAUCAAAUUUACAGAUAAGGAGCUGGAUAUAAUUGAGAUGGCAGUGUAUGGCGAUGUAAUACGACCAGGGAAUCAAUGCCGCUGCAAAACUGUUGCUGAAGUGCUCGGACAUUACAAGUCGAAAGGAUCAUCUGUUGCAUGUGAGCUGCCUUACAAGGAGGCAUAGCAUGCAUUCCACUCUCUAGACUUCACUGUUCUUCCAUGAAAAAGGAACUUUUACCUCUCCAAAGAAGGAAACGGGGGGGAGCUUCCCUUGUUCUUUAUUGAAAGUAAUCCACCAACAUUGGUGAUACAAAAUACAUUUGAUUUUAUCUAAAUUCAAUUAGUCAACCGACAUUGGUGGUGCAUACAUUGCUUAUUUGUUCUUAUUGCAAGGAGAUGUACAUGAUUUCAGUGGAAUCCAAUUUGCAUAACCAAGUUCUCUGUGUGCUUAAAUACUGAGAUCUUGACUUGGUUUCUGAUCUCGGAGUAAAAAGGAUGAAAUUGUGUA